AUGCCGCUCAAAGACGUGGCCGCUUUCUACGCAAGCUCAAUCAAACCUCCGAGUACCUGGGUCGCAGUUUCGGGCAUCUCAGCCCUAACUGCAGCAUAUUUCGCGUCCGUGUGCAUUUACAAUCUCUUCUUUCACCCUCUUGCCAAGUAUCCGGGCCCUCGCCUCGCUGCUGGAACCCCUUUAUGGCUCGUAUCGGCUAUCAUUGGAGGCAGACAGCCCGACGAUACUCUCAAGCUGCACGAGAAGUAUGGGCCCGUCGUCCGAACCUCUCCGAAUGGUCUGUCUUACAGCGACACUCCUCAAUGGAAGGAAAUCUACACACCCAAGGCGGGGCAGCUCGAGUUUGCGAAGGACCAGAAAUUCUUCGCCGGAUUCCGGGGCAGGCACCUUAUUCUCAACGCCGACAGACGUUACCAUCCUUUCAUCCGUAAACUACUUGCACCCGGCUUUUCUGAGAAAGCUAUGAGAGAGCAAGAGGGAGUGCUGAAAGAAUUUGUCGACCUCAUGUUUCGGAGAGUGCAGGAAGACGGACAGAAUGGCACGCAGCCAGUGGAUAUCCUGAAGUGGUUCAACAUGUUCCUGUCUUUGGCCAAGUUCUUCGCUUACUACCAAGCGAUCUCUUACUUGCCACUCCUGCUUCGUUUCCCGGUAGGGCUGUGGUUGUUUCCACUCAAGGUCCUCUCGGAUGCUAAGACCCUGACACGGCUUCAGGAGCCGACGGUGCCGGACUUUAUGGACAAAAUGAUUGCGGCCUACAAGUCAGGCAAGAUGUCUUAUGACCAACUGGAGGGUAAUUCGCAGCUUCUGAUUGCCGGCGGAAGCGAGACAACCUCUACUCAUUUGGCAGGUCUCGUUUGGCUCCUUAUGACUAACCCCCGGGUCUUGGAGAAAUUGUCCGCUGAGAUCCGCACGGCCUUCGCGCACGAGGGUGAAAUCACUUUCGCUGGCGUCAACGACUGCAAAUAUCUCCUAGCUUGUAUCGAGGAAGGUCUUCGUAUCUACCCGCCGUCACCUCAAGCACAUAAUCGCAUCGUACCUCCCGGUGGUGCUACCAUCGACGGCGAGUUCAUCCCGGAAGGUGUGUCUGUUGGUGUACAUAUAUAUGUUGCAAACAGAAGUACUGCCAAUUGGACCCGUCCGGACGAAUUUAUCCCCGAGCGCUGGCUGGGAAAAGAUCCCGAAUUUGCUGGCGAUAAGCGAGACGCUUCUCAACCUUUCCUGUUGGGCCCGCGGAUGUGCGUUGGAAGAAACCUGGCCUACGCCGAGAUCAAGGUUAUCAUUGCUCGGCUCGUCUGCCAGUUCGACAUCGAAAAUGUGACAAAAGAAGACUGGAUGGAUCAGAAAGUUUUCAUGGCUUGGGAGAAAAUGCCAUUGUGGAUCAAGUUGCAUCCUGUUCGGAGGUAA